ACAGUGAAUUCGUAUUCUGGCGCUUGAUUUGGUACCAUGCGCGACAUCUAUCACCUGCGGCGUGUCCAAAGUCCACUGUCAUUAUCGACGGGAGUUAAGGGAAAGGUUUACUCGGUGCUCCGUGUUCCAUCGUGUUCCAUUUUGAUAGAAAAUGAAUGUCGCGGCACAGGAUGAGAAGAAUCAGAUCGUACGUAAGAAAAUGCUCGAUCUACGCGAUGUCCGCGUGGGAAAGGUUCCGCAGGACUCGCCUUGGUUAAGAAGCGUCCGCUUGCACUUCACACAAGACUGUCAGUCUAAGAGUUGGGACGUCAUAAGAAUUCACGAUAGCGUGAGUAUAGUCAUCUUCAACGUAAGUCGAAGGAAACUCGUAUUUGUCAGGCAAUUCCGACCAGCAGUGUAUUAUGCAUCCCUACCGGAGAAGCAAGACGUGAUCGAUGUUGAACGCUUUCCUGCAACUCUGGGGUUGACCUUGGAACUCUGCGCUGGUAUCGUAGACAAGGAUAAGUCUCUCGUCGAGAUUGCGAGAGAUGAAUUGAAGGAAGAAUGCGGCUACGAAGCACCGACUUCGGCAUUUAAACAAAUUACUACUUACCUAUCCAGUGCUUCUGCUAGUGCAAAGCAAACUAUUUUUUAUGUAGAAGUCACAGAUAAUAUGCAGAUACAUCCUGGUGGUGGUGACGAGUCCGAAGGUGAAGUCAUAGAAAUAGUGGAAUUGAGCGUUUCUGAGCUAAAGGAUUAUAUAAGAUUGAAAGAGGUACAAAGUCCUGCCAGUUUUCUUUAUGGCGUGUCUUGGUUCUUACUUAAUAAAUCUGAAUACUGUUAAAUAUGAUAAAAGUUAUAUCUUACUCAACAAGAUAAAUUAAAGAAUAGUAAAUUAAUUGCAAGUAAAAACCAA